UACUGUUAACAUCGUGGACGAAAAAUUUAGCGAUGUCAGCAUCAGAUAUUUCCACCAAAACUCGAAUUUUGUUUUCGUUCUUUCAAAAGAAUCAUUUGGUCCAUGAUGACACAGUCUUACAUAGUCUAAUUGACUCACUAGCAAAAACCGUGCAUUCAGAGGAGCAGCUUGAAACAGCUGGUGUUUGCAACUUUCUAAGGGCUGUUUCCAUGACAGUUGAUGAAUAUGAUAGCCAAAUAGUAACUUUUGCCCUAAAUAUUGCAACAUGGAUUGUACAAGGAGGAGGGAGGUUUCACAACUUACAGACUACUGUUGUUCAACUGAUUGCUGCUACUUGGGAAAUUCAUUCAACCUUUGAAAACAAGACAGUCAUUGAGGCCUUGUUCAAGUGUCUAAAAGAAAUGACUGAAUAUAGAUAUUGUUUUCAAAUGUUGAUAACAAACACAACAGAUAUUGUCACACAAUCACUUGAGACUGCUGUAUCAGGCCUGUUUCUAACAAGAGCCAAAUCAGAUUUCAUUGCUGCAGUGAUCAAAAAUGCUUUUAAAUUUGAUGACCUUGGACAGCAACUGGGGACCAAUAUAUUGCAAACGUUGAUGAGGGGUUUGAAUGAGUUCACCAUCAAUUCUGCUCAGUCUGUGUCCGAUAAAUCUGAAAAUGGGCAGUUCAGGUUCACAGUGGACGUCCUUAGAAAGUGUUGCACACAGUCGGACAGAGUACUGAAAUAUGUUGUGUCUCAUCAAACAUGUUUAGAUGAUAUACAAGGCCUUGCCCUUUGUCUAGAUGGCUCAGAUUUUCAAAUCAUUGUAGACUUCCUCUUUGUUCUACGCACACAAGGAAAUGACACAAAAAGCAAUUUGAUAUUGCGAGACCUUCUAACAACCUUUUGCCAGAGAGCUGAGUUUUACAAGGCCCAGAAAAUGUCAGAAGUAAGUAUGAAAGGCCUGAAUGAUGAUAUUCGAGAUCUUGGAAUAUCUGCACUUACCCAACCUCUGGAGUUUGGUUUGUUUGUUCAGACCCAGGUGGACAAAUUUUCAAGAAAUCUACUGUAUCCAAGAGACCAACUACAUUUGUUUAUGAGGACUUCAAAGGCAGCUAGCUACAUGGCUAAAAGCAUUGUUUUAUUGACCGACAAUGAUGUGCAAUGUGUUGAAAGUGUUUCAGCGUUACUUUCGACAUCAGGGGAUGGAGUAUGGCCUGCUUUGCACAUUUCUGUCAGAAAUAAACUUCAAUGUGCUUGUUUAAAAUAUUUAUGUUCUGUUGAUGUAAAAUAUUACCUGCCAAAAUUAGGUCCAGCUGUUUUAGGGAUUAUGAAACAGAGUGACAUUGAUUUUGUUUUAUACAAAAACUGUACCAGCUGUCUUAUACGCUGGUUUCCUGACAUGUUGGACAACAGUGAAACUGUCUCAGUGACCAACGAGCUUGGACUUGUUAUUCAACUUCAUUUGUCGGCCUUGCAAUGGGAGAUUCGAGACACUGCUUUAGAAUUUGUCACCGAAAUGGUUAAUAUGUAUAAUGGAAACAUGUUGGUGCUUGAGUGGAUAUUGACCUACAACAUCGAAUGUCAUGUAUGGACAAGUGUGGAUGACGGCGAAAGCUAUGUCAGAGGGUCUGCUAUAACAGCCUUGCACAGUCUGUUGCAUUGCAAAGAGCUACAGGGUUCUCUGAAAUCAAUGCGCGGUGUAACCAUUAAUUCAGCUGUGGAAAAGGUGAUUCAAGUUCUUGAAGAGGACACUGAAGGCUUUGCAAGACGGGCUGCAGCAACAUUUCUUCAGAAACAACUUCAAGCAAAUGAAAUGGAUUUGACAAUGAUUCAUAAUCUCACAGUUCCCCUGAUGAAAGCAGUAAAUGAUUUCGAUUGGGAGGUGAAGUCCACUGCCUUAGAUUGUAUAGAAAUGCUACUUAAUCGAGAAUUCCUAAGUAUUAGUAGCCAAUAUUUUUCGAGUGCAAUCCAAGAAUCUGUGAAUGUUUUGGAAAUGUCUCAUUCAAUUACUGAGCAAUCAGAGGGUUCUGCUGAGGCCAGAUUACGAGGACUUGAACAGCUUAAUGAUUGUGGUGUUAUCCAUAGUCUGGUAUUGUGUCUUAAUGACUACGAUCAGCAGAUUCGUGAAAAGGGACUGGCAAUUUUUAAAGUACUCCAACACGCAGUGAAAAGGGAUUCUAUGGAAAAAUAUGUUUUAAGAGAUGGAUGUGUAUUGAAUAAAGACAAAUUUGUCUCAAUAGUGGACACGAUAUUGGCUGUUCGAACUGAUCAGUUUGAAACUUAUGAAGACGAGAAUAGCAAGCUUUUAAGCGUAGUUGAUGAUAUUGUGUCAACAUUUAAUAACACUGAUAUUGACGAAGAAAACAUUAUUGAUUGCUAUUAAACAUGAACAAUACA